UUAGCCAACACAAUGGGAAAGAUCAUCUUCUAUGAGGACAGGAACUUCCAGGGGCGCUCGUACGAGUGCAGCAGCGACUGCGCCGACCUGCACUCGCACUUCAGCCGCUGCAACUCCAUCCAGGUGGAGAGCGGCAGCUGGAUGGUGUAUGAGCGGCCUAACUUCAUGGGCUACCAGUACUUCCUGCGCCGCGGCGAGUAUCCCGACUACCAGCGUUGGAUGGGUUUCAACGACUGCGUCCGAUCCUGCCGCUUGAUCCCCCAGCACCAGGGAUCGCACCGCGUCCGCAUCUAUGAGCGCAUGGACUUUGGCGGUCAGAUGAUGGAGUUCACCGACGACUGCCCCUCGCUGUACGACCGCUUCCACUACAAUGACAUCCACUCGUGCAACGUCAUGGACGGCUACUGGCUGUUCUACGAGCACCCCAACUACAGGGGGCGCCAGUACCUGCUGAGGCCUGGCGAGUACCGCCGCUUCAACGAGUGGGGCGGCAUGGGUCCCAGAAUAGGCUCCUUCAGACGCAUCACAAACUGAGGGCACUCAUAACCAGACUUGUCCUACCUCACCAUCACCGUCAACCUGUCAG